AUGGAUCUCUCGGCGGUGGUGAGUUGGUCGGAUGUGUCCACAGAGAGGAGAGAGAUAGAGGCUAAUAAAGGAGAAAGAGAAGCACGAGAAGAGAGAAAUACGGAGCGUGAGCAAAUUAAGCAAUUGGAGAGGCUGAUUGGGCGUGAGAGAUUUAAUCGUUGGUUUAUGAGAGAGGGAGAGAGGCAAAGUUGGGGAUAUCAUCAUGCUCUAUGUAAUGGAUUUGUGCAUGCAAUUGGUGAUCUUGAGCCUUAUAUUGACACUCCUCUGCAGGCUGUGGUGUUUACUGAUAUCAACCUGGAGAAUGCGAUUGAGUUCAAUGAUUACUGUCACAGUCAUCAACCUUCUAUAGCAUUCAUUAAGGCCGACGUAAGAGGCCUGUUUGGCAGUGUGUUUUGUGAUUUUGGCCCCGAGUUUACUGUUUUUGAUGUAGACGGCGAGGAACCUCAUACGGGUAUUAUAGCUUCAAUUAGUAAUGAUAGCUCUGCCCUGGUGUCGUGUGUUGAUGAUGAGAGGCUCGAGUUUCAGGAUGGGGAUCUUGUUAUUUUCUCAGAAAUUCGAGGAAUGACGGAACUUAAUGACGGAAAACCAAGAAAGAUAAUUAAUGCGAGGCCCUACUGUUUCAAUCUUGAUGAGGACACCACCAAUUUUGGUGCAUAUGAGAGAGGUGGUAUUGUCACUCAGGUGAAGCAGCCCAAGGUUUUGCACUUCAAGCCUUUGAGGGAAGCACUUAAAGAUCCUGGUGAUUUUCUUUUGAGUGAUUUCUCCAAGUUUGAUCGUCCACCUCUAUUGCAUUUGGCAUUCCAAGCGCUUGAUAAGUUCUUAUCCGAAUUGGGAUGUUAUCCUGUUGCUGGUUCAGAAGAAGAUGCUCAGAAGUUGAUAUCUAUUGCCAGUAACAUCAAUGAGAGCUUGGGAGAUGAGAAACUGGAUGAUAUUAAUCCAAAGCUUUUGAGAUACUUUGCUUUCGGUGCACGGGCAGUAUUGAACCCCAUGGCUGCCAUGUUUGGUGGUAUUGUUGGACAGGAGGUUGUGAAAGCCUGCUCUGGAAAAUUCCAUCCACUUUUUCAGUUCUUCUACUUUGACUCGGUCGAGUCGCUUCCCACUGAGCCAUUGGAACCCAGUGAUUUCAGACCAUUGAACAGCCGUUAUGAUGCACAGAUCUCAGUGUUUGGGUCAAAACUCCAGAAAAAACUGGAAGAUGCUCAAGUUUUUGUUGUUGGAUCUGGUGCACUGGGCUGUGAGUUCUUGAAGAAUCUAGCUCUGAUGGGAGUUUCAUGUGGUAGCAAAGGAAAACUAACACUAACCGAUGAUGAUGUCAUUGAGAAGAGUAACCUCAGCAGGCAAUUUCUCUUUCGUGAUUGGAACAUCGGGCAAGCCAAAUCUACUGUUGCUGCUUCUGCUGCAGCAUCAAUAAAUCCUCGCCUACACAUUGAAGCUUUGCAAAAUCGCGUGGGCCCUGAGACUGAGAAUGUGUUUGAUGACACCUUCUGGGAGAAUUUAAAUGUUGUUGUUAAUGCCUUGGACAAUGUCAAUGCCAGGCUGUAUGUUGAUCAAAGAUGUUUAUAUUUCCAGAAGCCACUUCUUGAAUCAGGAACCCUUGGUGCCAAGUGUAAUACUCAGAUGAUCAUUCCUCACCUGACAGAAAACUAUGGAGCUUCAAGAGAUCCACCAGAGAAACAAGCGCCCAUGUGCACUGUGCAUUCCUUCCCACACAAUAUUGACCACUGUUUGACAUGGGCUCGGUCAGAGUUUGAGGGCUUGCUUGAAAAAACACCUGCGGAAGUGAAUGCCUACCUUUCCAAUGCAAGUGAAUAUGCAUCUGCGAUGAGGAAUGCUGGUGAUGCUCAGGCCAGGGAUAAUUUGGAACGUGUUCUUGAGUGCCUCGACAAGGAAAGAUGCCACACAUUCCAAGACUGCAUUACGUGGGCGCGCAUAAAGUUUGAAGAUUAUUUCGCUAAUCGUGUGAAACAGUUGAUUUUUACUUUUCCUGAAGAUGCUGCAACCAGCACUGGGGCACCAUUUUGGUCGGCUCCUAAGCGCUGCCCCCAUCCACUGCUGUUCUCUGUUGCUGAUCCAAGCCAUCUCUAUUUUAUUAUGGCAGCAUCCAUUCUACGUGCUGAGACAUUUGGCAUCCCUAUUCCCGACUGGGUUAAGCAUCCUAAGAAAUUGGCCGAAGCUGUUGAUAAAGUGAUAGUUCCUGAAUUCCAACCAAAGAAAGAUCUAAAAAUUGCUACUGAUGAGAAGGAUACCAGCCUCUCCACCGCUUCGGUAGAUGAUUCUGCUGUUAUCAAUGACCUAAUUAUGAAGCUAGAGCAAUGUCGAAAGAAUCUGCUACCAGAGUUCAGGAUGAAACCAGUUCAGUUUGAGAAGGAUGAUGAUACAAAUUACCAUAUGGAUCUGAUAGCUGCGCUUGCCAACAUGAGGGCGAGGAAUUACAGUAUUCCUGAAGUUGAUAAGCUGAAAGCCAAGUUCAUUGCUGGAAGGAUAAUUCCUGCUAUUGCAACCUCCACUGCCAUGGCCACCGGGCUUGUCUGCCUUGAGCUAUAUAAGGUUCUGGAUGGAGGGCACAAACUGGAGGACUAUCGGAACACAUUUGCCAACUUAGCACUCCCUCUGUUCUCCAUGGCUGAGCCGGUUCCUCCAAAAGUCAUUAAGCAUCGGGACAUGAGCUGGACUGUUUGGGACAGAUGGAUCCUUAAUGACAACCCUACAUUGAAGGAACUUCUCCGGUGGCUUUCAGACAAGGGACUGAAUGCAUACAGCAUUUCAUUUGGAAGUUGCCUGCUCUACAACAGCAUGUUCCCACACCACAAAGCACGUAUGGACAAGAAGAUGGUGGAUUUGGCGAGAGAAGUGGCUAAGGUGGAGCUGCCGCCAUACCGUCGCCAUUUGGAUGUUGUAGUGGCAUGUGAGGAUGACGAGGAUAAUGACGUUGAUAUCCCUCAGAUAUCAAUUUACUUCCGUUAA